UCUUAACAACAAAUCUCUCUCAACAACCAACUCACUCACAUCCCAAAACAACCAAAAAAAUGGGCAUUCCAAAACUCACACCGAUGUUCCUCCUAACAACAGCGAUAACUCUGAUCACUCUCACCCCAACCCCAACCACCGCUCUCAUGCCCUAUACCCGAAACCCAAUAUGGGACCUAAUGAUGCCACCACCCGACAUCGACCCGCUCCGCAUCCUCGAGCACGCCCCGCUCCCCAUCCCGAAAGAUGCGGAGCCUCUCGCCCUGGCCCGCUGCGACUGGAAGGAGACCCCCUCGGAGCACGUGAUCGCGGUGGACGUGCCGGGGCUGAGAAAGGAGGACGUGAAGGUGGAGGUGGAGGAGGAGAGCAGGGUGGUGAGGAUAAGCGGGGAGAGGAAGGCGGAGUUGGAGGAGGAGGAAGGGGAGAAGUGGCACAGGGCAGAGAGGGUGAGCGCCAGGUUCGUGAGGCAGUUCAGGCUGCCGGCCGACGCGGACCUGGAAGGGGUGAAGGUUAGGUUGGAGAACGGGGUGUUGACGGUUAUGGUGCCGAAGGUGGCUGAGGAGAAGAGGAGGAAGGGGGCCAAGGUGAUCAGUAUUGAGGAGGCGGCCGGGAGUGGUGGUGAUGGGGCUGUUAAGGCUACUAAUAAUAAAGGUGAACUGUGAACAUAAGAGUAUAGGAUAUGAGUUGAGUUUGAGUUUUGUGAUGAGACGAGGAUGGUUUGUAUUAAUGGUACUGUGUGAUGGUGCAUGUAGUUGUAAAAUGUACUUGCUCUUGUUUAUGCUCAAAAUAAAGUGAUCACUUCUUCCUUAA